AUCGCGCCGCUGCGGCUGCAAUAAGAGAAGUCCGAGGCUGCUUCCUCCUCCCUGCCCAGAGGGGGCGGCGGUCAGAGGCAGGCAGCACCCCAGUUUUCUCGCCCCCACCCCCGUCGCUACUUGUGGCUGCUGGGAGCCCCGGCUGGCUAGCCCCGGGGUCGGUCAGAAGCGGUGUCCCCUGGGACCAGGUCUCUGGCCCCUCCCAAGGACCAUGCCGCAGCCCCACUGACCCAGGAGUAGGGGCCUGAAGGCAGGGCACGUGGAAUGGGCUGUGUGUUCUGCAAGAAGUUGGAGCCGGGGCCCAAGGAGGAUGGUGGCCUGGAAGAGGACUUCAGGGGCUACGGGGCUGCAGACCGCUAUGGCCCUGCCCCUACUCAGGGCCGGCCUGCAUCCUCCUUCGCCCAUAUCCCCAACUACAACAACUUCUCCCCUCAGCCCGCCAACCCCGCCUUCCUCAAUGGGGGCACCAUCAGGGGCAUCUCAGGGACUGGGGUGACCCUGUUCACCGCCCUUUAUGACUAUGAGGCCCGAACAGAGGAUGACCUCACCUUCGCCAAGGGCGAGAAGUUCCACAUCCUGAACAACAUCGAGGGUGACUGGUGGGAGGCUCGGUCCCUCAGCUCUGGACAGACUGGCUACAUUCCCAGCAACUACGUGGCCCCUGUGGACUCCAUCCAGGCUGAAGAGUGGUACUUUGGAAAGAUCGGGAGGAAGGACGCGGAGAGGCAGCUGCUCUCCCUGGGGAACCCCCGGGGGGCCUUUCUCAUUCGAGAGAGCGAGACCACCAAAGGCGCCUACUCCCUAUCCAUCCGGGAUUGGGACCAGGCCAGAGGCGAUCACGUGAAGCAUUACAAGAUCCGCAAGCUGGACACAGGUGGCUACUACAUCACCACGAGGGCUCAGUUCGACUCGGUACAGGAGCUGGUGCAGCACUACCUUGAGGUGAACGAUGGGCUGUGCCACCUGCUCACGGCGGCCUGCACCACCGUGAAGCCGCAGACGCUGGGCCUAGCCAAGGACGCCUGGGAGAUCAGCCGCAGCUCCAUCGCGCUCGAGCGGCGGCUGGGUACCGGCUGCUUCGGGGAUGUGUGGCUGGGCAUGUGGAACGGCAGCACGAAGGUGGCGGUGAAGACGCUGAAGCCGGGCACCAUGUCCCCGAAGGCCUUCCUGGCGGAGGCGCAGAUCAUGAAGCUGCUGCGCCAUGACAAGCUGGUGCAGCUGUACGCAGUGGUGUCGGAGGAGCCCAUCUACAUCGUGACAGAAUUCCUGUGCCACGGUAGCUUGCUGGAGUUCCUCAAGGACCGGGAGGGCCAGGGUUUGAGGCUGCCCCAAUUGGUGGACAUGGCAGCCCAGGUAGCUGAGGGCAUGGCCUACAUGGAGCACAUGAACUACAUCCACCGAGACCUGAGGGCAGCCAACAUCCUUGUGGGGGAGCGGCUGCUGUGCAAGAUUGCUGACUUUGGGCUGGCCCGUCUCAUCGAGGAUGAUGAGUACAACCCCCAGCAAGGGACCAAGUUCCCCAUCAAGUGGACAGCUCCAGAGGCUGCCCUCUUUGGCAGAUUCACCAUCAAGUCAGAUGUGUGGUCCUUUGGGAUCCUGCUCACUGAACUCAUCACCAAGGGCCGAGUCCCCUACCCAGGCAUGAAUAAACGGGAAGUGCUGGAACAGGUGGAGCAUGGCUACCACAUGCCGUGCCCCCCAGGCUGCCCAGCAUCCCUGUACGAGGUCAUGGAACAGACCUGGCGUCUGGACCCGGAGGAGAGGCCUACCUUCGAGUACCUGCAGUCCUUCCUGGAGGACUACUUCACCUCCACAGAACCCCAGUACCAGCCUGGGGAUGAGACAUAGCCUGUUUGGGCAUGAACCACCUCUCUGGGGGUGCUCACCAGCCCUUCCAAUCCCCAGGGCUCUGGUCCCAAAGCCCCCCAGGCCUAGAACCCUAUAGAGUCCUAGCAUGUCAGAGCAAGCAAGUUGCUUUGGCAUCAUCUAGGGCAACUCAUUCAUUUUAAAGAUGGGGCAAAUCAAGGCUCAGAGAUAAUCCCUCACCAACUGUGGCCCCAAGCUCUAUUUCUCCCCUUCCCACUUCUGCCUCUGCAUGCCUCUAGUCUUCCUGUCUGCACUCCCCCACAAAAGAAAUGCUCAGAUCUUGUCUAGUUAUUUAUAAAACUGUAUAUCCUUUCCCUCACUUAUCUCCUGUCCCUGCUUUCCUACCCUGUCAUCCCACCCUGGUCCUGGCCCCCAGAAUUCACCUCCUACUCAAUUCUCUCAUGUCUGUAUGUUACAAAGAGAGGGAAAGUCUUUGCCGGAUCUCUUUCCUGCUGGGUGGAUUCUGUAGUCCAGGACUGAGGUCCAAGCCCAGGGUGAAGGAGAGUGUUGCUGAGGGCUCAUCACCUCUCUGAAUCAUGUGUGUGUUUACUGAUUUUGUAAAUAAGAAAA